GCUGACAUUAAGAGAAUGACCAACUCAUUCAAAGAAAAACUAGGCCAAGGAGGCUAUGGUUGUGUGUACAAAGGGAAGCUCCCAAAUGGUCAUCUCGUGGCAGUGAAAAUCCUAACCAAGCUGAAAGGAGAUGGUGAAGACUUCAUCAAUGAGGUAAACAGCAUGAGCAGAACUUCCCAUGUCAACAUUGUUACUCUGCUAGGUUUCUGCUUUCACAAAACCAAAAGGGCUCUCGUCUAUGAGUACAUGCCCAAUGGAUCUCUGGAGAAACUCAUAUACGAAGAGAACUACAGCAAGGUAGGUUGCCGCCACCUCGGAUGGGACACCUUGUACCAAAUCUCCCUAGGCAUAGCUCAAGGGCUCGAAUACUUGCACCAAGGCUGCAACUCAAGAAUAUUACACUUCGACAUAAAGCCGCACAACAUCCUUCUCGAUGAAAACUACUGCCCCAAGAUUUCCGACUUUGGCCUUGCAAAGAUAUGCCAUCGAGAGGAGAGCACGAUCUCACUAUUCGGUGCGCGAGGGACUGCGGGGUUUAUCGCGCCAGAAGUGUUUUGCAGGAACAUCGGAGGAAUAUCCCAAAAAUCAGAUGUGUACAGCUUUGGGAUGACAGUGCUUGAAAUGGUUGGUGGGAGGAAAAAUGUAGUGACCGGAGCAGAGAGAACCAGUGAAAUAUACUUCCCGCAUUGGAUUCACAAGCGUCUUGAACUUCAAGAAGAGUUUGGACUGCAGAAUGUCACAAGCGAAGGAGACAAAGAGAAAGCAAGGAAGAUGAUAAUAGUGAGCUUGUGGUGCAUACAGACUAAUCCUUCAAUUAGGCCAACAAUGAGCGAGGUGGUGGAUAUGCUAAGAGGCAGUGUUGACUGCUUGCUAGUUCCUCCCAAGCCCUAUCUGUCUUCUCCAUCAAGAUCAUCACCAACCACUUCAAUGUCCAUGGCUGUGUGA